GCGAAACAACCCACCAAACAACAACAACUUGGCAAACAACCUACCACACACACCUUGCCACCCACUCCACCUCAACCAACAACCCCCUCCCUCCCCACCACACCACCACCGCUUCUGAUCAAACCAGUCAUGGCGCUGCACGUCCCCAAAGUUGGUCUCCAGACCAUGAUGAAGUCUGGUGCCAAGCACUACUCCGGUAUGGAGGAGGCCGUGUACCGCAACAUCGGUGCCUGCAAGGAGAUUGCUCAGAUUGUGCGCACGUCCUUUGGCCCCAACGGCAUGAACAAGAUGAUCCUCAACCAUCUUGACAAGCUCUUUGUCACAAACGACGCAGCGACCAUCAUCAAGGAGCUCGAGGUUGAACACCCAGCUGCCAGGCUUGUUGUGCUCGCGUCGCAGCAGCAGGAGCACGAGGCCGGUGAUGCCACCAACCUGGUCAUCAUCCUCGCCGGCAAAAUGCUCGAGAAGGCCGAGACGCUUCUCCGCAUGGGUCUCUCGCCUCCUGAGGUCAUUGAGGGUUACGAGAUGGCUCUUGAGAAGGCGCUUGAGGUGCUGCCAGAGCUUGCAUGCCACACAGUCGAGGACUUCCGCGACAAGGCGCAAGUGAAGCGGGCGAUCAAGACUGUCAUCAUGAGCAAACAGAACGGUCUCGAGGACUUCCUGUCAGAGCUCGUCACCGACGCGUGCGUGGACAUCAUGCCCAAGGAGGAGUCGAGGAAACCCUUCAACGUGGACAACGUGCGCAUUGUCAAGAUCCCCGGCAGCGGCGUUUUCUCCAGCUCCGUGGUUCGCGGCAUGGUGUUCACCCGCAACAUCCACAGCUCCAUCACAUCUGCACAGGACGCACGCAUCGCCGCGUUCACGGCCGAUCUCGACCACGCUUACACCGAGACAAAGGGCACUGUGCUUCUCAACACUGCCGAGGAGCUCAAGUCGUACAGCAAGGACGAGGAGUCUGUGCUCGAGAAGAAGAUCAAGGCCAUCAAGGACAGCGGUGCGUCUGUGAUUGUGACCACGGGCAAGGUUGGCGACCUCGGCAUGCACUUCUGCAACCGGUUUGAGCUGCUCGUUGUCAAGCUCAACUCCAAGUUUGACCUCAAGCGGCUGUGCCGGGCAACCGGUGCCACCGCGCUUCCCGUCCUCACCGGCCCCAGCUCGCAGGAGCUCGGCCACUGCCACUCCGUCUCCGUGCAGGAGAUUGGCGACACAACUGUGACCGUGUUCAGGCAAGCCGAUAUCAACAGCGCUGUUUCCACCAUCAUCGUGCGUGGCGCAACAAGCAACGUGAUGGAUGAUGUUGAGCGUGCGUUGGACGACGGUAUCAACGCCUACAAGUCGCUGACCAAGGAGCAGCGCUUCCUCCCCGGUGGCGGUGCCACCGAGAUUGAGCUCGCUCGUCUCAUCACCAAGUUUGGCGACACAUGCUCUGGCCUGGAGCAGUAUGCCAUCAAGUCGUAUGCAGAGGCGCUGGAGGUUGUUCCGGCGACGCUUGCUGAGAACUGCGGUGUCAAGUCGCGGGAGGUUGUGUCCAACCUGUAUGCAGCGCACGAGAACGGCGAGAAGAACGCCGGUUACGACAUCCUGUCCGAGGACGUGGCCGUCGCAGACAUGAAUGAGGCCGGUGUGUAUGACAGCUUCCAUGCCAAGGUCUGGGCUCUCAAGUACGCCACUCGCGCCGCCAAGACCAUCCUCCGCGUGGACCAGAUUAUUAUGGCGAAGAAGGCAGGUGGCCCCAAGCCCCCCAAGCAGAACCCCAACUGGGACGAGGACUAAUUGCAGGCGAUCCAUGAACAUGCUGACACGCACAUGCACAUACAUAGUUAAUUCCGUCGUUUGUGGUUGUGGUGUUUCCGCCACUGUUGUGGUUGACUUUCCCUCCGUGGUUUUCGCCUCUUCUUCUUUGUGUUCCGUUUGUGCCCAAUACCUACCUACCCACAGCAGUGACCUUGCCCUUGUCAAAGGCAAACUCGACUUAGCCGUGUCUGUGUCAGUCUUGUCUGUGUGUUGUUUGCGUGAAACUUGGAGGCGAGCGGAUGCAAUGUCGUCUGCUAUUCCCUCCUUCCUCUGGUGUUGGUUGUGUGUAUUGAUUGGUGGACUCGUGCAACACGCUCAUAAGACAGGUUGACAUAGACACACUGAGACUUUGAGAAGCAAUGAAUGAAUGAGAACGAAC